AUGCUGCUUUAUAUCAUUUACUUCAAUUCAAAUGGUUCUCAUUGAUCAACUGCCUUAUCCUAGCCCUGGUGUUGAUCGUCUUCACUUCCCUCAAUAAUUCACAAAUUCGUACUCUCUCUCUCUCUCUCAUACAGUGCAGUCUUGAGCAAAAGGUGCCCACUAUCUUCUGCUGUUUAUGCCUUUAGAGUUACUAUGCCAGAGAAAAAGAAAUAAUAUACCAUGAAUGAUAAUCCAUGACUUAUUCUGUGGUCUCUUUGAGCUUUUUGGAAGCCUAUUUAGAGUCCCGAGGUUCACUUGGAUUGCAGUUCUAGAUCACGAUCGAAGAUGACCCAGAGUUGAGAGUCAAAAGAACUACAAAGAGGUCCUCCACUGUAGUCUGCAUUAUCAAUUGUCGAACUCAGCCAAACCAAAUGGAAGCAAAAAAUACUCAUUUCAUGGAAAGAGUAAAUUCUACUUCUGUUUCUCCGCUGCAAAAAACUUCCCACCAUGAUGAACUCUUCAUGCAGCAGAGGUUGCUCUUUUCAGAUAGUCUCAAGGAAUUGAAAAAUCUGAGGAAACAGUUGUACUCAGCAGCAGAGCAUUUUGAAGUAUCGUACAGCAAAGAAGAUCAGAAACACAUAGUGGUGGAUACCUGUCAAGAUUAUGCCAUUAAAGCUUUAGUCAAUACAGUGGACCACUUGGGUUCUGUGGCAUUUAAGAUAAAUGGACUUUUGGAUGGAAAGAUCUGCGAACUAUCAGGAACUGAGCUUAGGUUCUCUUGCAUUGAACAGAGACUUCGAACUUGCCAAUACUUCAUUGAUCGCGCGGGCCUUUUUCAACAAUCAAUGGCUCUAAAAUUUCCCAAGCAUCAUAAGCAGUACAUUAUACCAGCUAGGACAACCAUGGAUGCUGUUGGCCAGUCUCAACCAAUAUAUCACAAUGCUAAAGAAGACUUAUGUCAGUUCAAAAGUGUUGUUCGAGCAACACCGAGUGAAACCUCUCCAGCAGUAGUCAGAAAAGGGCACUCUGCACUGUGUUCUGCUCAAUCCUCCUCAAGAUCUGGAGCUUUUCAGUUCACAAAAGCUGCAUCAAAGAAAGCACUGGAGAAACGAGCAGUCUCACCACAUCGAUUUCCAUUCAUACGUUCUGGUUCUCUUGCUAACAGAUUAACUACUAUAAACUCUUCCACAGACAGACCACGGCACCCAUCAGAGCCCCGGCGACCAGUUUCAUCGUUUAUUCAUGUUGAAAGAGAGGGGACAAAAGAAAUUACAAAACAUUCAGGCAAAAGCAAACCACUGUUCAAGGCCUUGCUUAGCAUGCACAGGUCCAAGAAGGAAGGAAGGCAUGCUAUACAAAUAGUUGGAGGAACUAAAAGCAGAUGAUAGGAAGCUGAAUGGCCAACAUAACAUUAUCUUUAAGCCUCCUAUUUGCCUGUUUCGGUCUGAAAUUCAAAUUUGUAUUUACACUUUGCUUUCAAGUUUAUAGCUUUACAAUGUGCAGUUGAUAGCUCCUCGCCAUGCCUGUCUUACCAGAUAUUACCACUACCUCCAUAGCUUCCUUUCUUUUGGAAUUUUAAGGAGCAUUUUCCUCAA